AGUCGUGCCUCGUUUAAACGGACACUUGCGUCAUUUCACAAUUCGUCCGAAUAAACGAAUUUCCGUAUAACUGAAACCAGCUUCUUACUGGAAGAGUUACUUCCCUUCAAUUAUGCAACUCAUGGCAGAUGACAGAGCAAACAGUUUUCGUCGUGUCGGCUUAAUAUAUGAGGAGAAAUUGGGUCAGAGAGGUUAAGUGCGCCGAAUGAAAUCCCAGUUUUGCGCUGACAAACAACAACUAAUAGUCAAGAUGCGAAGAGGGAGACAAAUCAAGAAGAAAUGAAUUAUUCAUAAUUUGCAAGACAACGCCAGCACCACGUCUUCCUUCUUCAGAACUUCAAGGUGAAAACUAUCUUCGCAUUGAAACCAUGACAAAGACAUUCCGGGUCAUGGUGGUAGUUGUGUUUGGCACAGCGCUGUUUGUAAUGGGUUAUAUCAGCUCCCAUUUUAAACCAAUGAGUGACUUGGAGGUAACAUUGGACUCCAAAAAUACAGUAUUCCAACCCCCUAAUCCCAUAAGAAUGGACAAUUAUGAAUCCCGAUGUCCAAACGUUCUUCAAAACAUGACCCAAGGUCAUUGGAGUACGAGAAAGCUUACCAGGGCUGAAAGUGGAUCCUCAGAACGGUUUUAUCAGAUGGCCUUGAACCGCAAAGGGGUACCCAAAUCUCUCCAGAGACAUGACAGUCGAUGUGGUAACAUAGGCUACACAAACGUAACGACUUUUCUUCGAGCAAUUUGCAAUCCUACAGGACCGACCCCUUGCUGCUACAACUUCAAGUGUGUCAACAAAACAGAAGCCCAGUGUCGGUGUAAAAACUGUUGGGAUAUUCGACAGCAGAUUCAAGCAGAAUAUUCUACCUGGAUACCAUCCGAUCCCCGGUGUCAACCACGAGAAUAUAGUCCCAGACAAAUCUGUAAGUUGUUGGACGGCGGAACCAUCCGCUUUCUUGGGGAUUCCUUCGUGCAACAUCUCUACACAGGCUUGCUGAUGACGGUCCGAGGAAAUUUCAAAGACGGCGGUGUUAGAACCACAGAAUCCCGAGCGUGGAAAUCCAGAUGCUCUGGGAUGAAUAUUUUCGAUGACGGAAAAUGUAGGAGGUUUCUUGAUUCAAGGCCAUCGAAUAUAUGCGGAGGCAGAGUGACGCUCAGUUGGAUGGAACAUAACUUCGGCAAAAGUUGGAGAGAACUAAUCAAUGACGUCAUUGUAGGCUUAGCUUACCGGAAGACGCUGUUUGUAAUUGGCAUAGGUAUGAAUGAGCAUUAUAACUCAACUAAAGUGAAGAUGGAAUAUCUGAAGCCAACGUUCGAUAGGUUACGAAAAAUUGGUAUUCUCUGGCCCAAGGUAUUGUUUGUUGAUAUGAAUGCUCCAGGAAUUAUGAAACGUUCAGAUACACAGUCAAAGCCUCACGUCCUUCGAUUCAAUCGCGAUAUGGAGAAGUUUCUGAAGGUAUAUAAAGUACCCGUUUUAAAGACAUUUAAUAUGACAGACGGCGUGCGUAGCUUUGAUGGAACACAUUAUGCGUUAGGAGUGAAUGUCGUGAAAGCGAACAUUUUCCUGAACUACAUACAGGAACUCAGUGAUAGUGGGCAUUGGUAGCUAAAUAUGGAAAUACGAUUGACAGUAUGUAUCUUAUAUAGUCAUGUGAAAUAAACAUUUUGUGGUGUUGUAAAAUAUUAGAUGAUAUGCGCUUUGAAUAUUUAUAUAUAUUUUUAAAAUAAAUACAUGGAACACCUUUUU